AUGACGGAGUGGAUCUGGACACCUCGAAGUUGGUGGGGAGGUGUGAGGUCGUGGUUUCCGACGACGUACACACGGGCGAGGACGGCAGCGCGUUGCCAAGUUUCAGGGGGGUUGGUUUUGUCAAGAGGCUUCGGAGUGGGCGGCACACACCCCUGCCUUCACCAGACCCUGCAGUCAAGCAUCUUCCCUGGAGACCAGAGGGGGCAGAGGGCCUCUUUUUACGAUCGACGACAGAACGGAAGCCAUUGGAACAAUGACAAGGAGCGCAGAGUGUUCUUGACGCCGGCCCAUCUGUUCACGGACGCCUUCGACUUUCGCAACCAGGGAGGGGUAUCCUACCCCAUCAAAGCUACGCUGCUCAGCCCUUUCGCGUCGACCUCUCAAGCUUUUCGUCGUCAGCCUGGGGCAUGGCCGUUAGUCGGGCUUUCGGCGCCUAGGGUGAGGUGGCAGGACGAUCUGGGCUUCAUUUUGGAGGUUAUCAGCGUUCUGCAGAAGGGGUGCCGGGCAAGGCUCGCGAUUGCGGACAAGGUCGAAGAGGUGUUUUUCCGGCUUGGUUUGUUGUUGUGCGACGCGGAUUCACCAGAACGCCAAUUACUGUUGGGCAUGAAGCGGGUAACCAACAAAACGCUGAUGCCAUGUCACGUGUGCCCCAUCGGCCAAGAGGACCUAGCCGAUGGAAACUACGACAUCGUGCGCAACCGCCGCACCGAUGAUCAGACCGAGUACGCCCUUAAGGUGAUCAGCACGGCCCCCACCGGGACGCAACGGCAGGCGCUUUCGUCUAAACACGGUGUGACCCCGCAAGAGGUAGAGAACCCUUUCCGAAAGCACGUGCACUUGAACAUGGUGCGGACGUUCGGGAUAGACCUGUUUCACCAGGACGCCCAGAAUUCCCUUCGGAAAAUCUUUAAGCGCCUCUUGGGCGGUCUCUCGAAAGCGAAGGGCGUGCCCCUCCUCUCGUGUCUAGCGAAAGAUCCUUCUCUGCGAGUCGCCGGCACACCACCGCUCAGGGACUUCGUGAGCGAUGGCGGGUUCUCCGCUCUGUCUGGGAUGGAUGUCUGGACACUGUCGAGUGUAGCCCUCCUCGUCUUCCGCCCGGUCUUGAGGAGCGUGGCGUCGAUGAAACGCCUCACGACCGCGCCAUUCCGCAACGACAUCCGGGCGGAGCUGGGGGCGACAACAGACACCGUGGUAACAGACACCGAGGUGAUGGAGAAACUACGGGCCCUACUGCUCGCCUCCUCCGAGGCGACGCACUUGUUGCGCUCAAGCUCCUUCAACGACGAGACCGUGGCAUCCAUCGAUAGGUCACAGCGAGAGAAGACCCUGCAGUCAAGCAUCUUCCCUGGAGACCAGAGGGGGCAGAGGGCCUCUUUUUACGAUCGACGACAGAACGGAAGCCAUUGGAACAAUGACAAGGAGCGCAGAGUGUUCUUGACGCCGGCCCAUCUGUUCACGGACGCCUUCGACUUUCGCAACCAGGGAGGGGUAUCCUACCCCAUCAAAGCUACGCUGCUCAGCCCUUUCGCGUCGACCUCUCAAGCUUUUCGUCGUCAGCCUGGGGCAUGGCCGUUAGUCGGGCUUUCGGCGCCUAGGGUGAGGUGGCAGGACGAUCUGGGCUUCAUUUUGGAGGUUAUCAGCGUUCUGCAGAAGGGGUGCCGGGCAAGGCUCGCGAUUGCGGACAAGGUCGAAGAGGUGUUUUUCCGGCUUGGUUUGUUGUUGUGCGACGCGGAUUCACCAGAACGCCAAUUACUGUUGGGCAUGAAGCGGGUAACCAACAAAACGCUGAUGCCAUGUCACGUGUGCCCCAUCGGCCAAGAGGACCUAGCCGAUGGAAACUACGACAUCGUGCGCAACCGCCGCACCGAUGAUCAGACCGAGUACGCCCUUAAGGUGAUCAGCACGGCCCCCACCGGGACGCAACGGCAGGCGCUUUCGUCUAAACACGGUGUGACCCCGCAAGAGGUAGAGAACCCUUUCCGAAAGCACGUGCACUUGAACAUGGUGCGGACGUUCGGGAUAGACCUGUUUCACCAGGACGCCCAGAAUUCCCUUCGGAAAAUCUUUAAGCGCCUCUUGGGCGGUCUCUCGAAAGCGAAGGGCGUGCCCCUCCUCUCGUGUCUAGCGAAAGAUCCUUCUCUGCGAGUCGCCGGCACACCACCGCUCAGGGACUUCGUGAGCGAUGGCGGGUUCUCCGCUCUGUCUGGGAUGGAUGUCUGGACACUGUCGAGUGUAGCCCUCCUCGUCUUCCGCCCGGUCUUGAGGAGCGUGGCGUCGAUGGUAAGAUUGCCCGACAGAAACGCCUCACGACCGCGCCAUUCCGCAACGACAUCCGGGCGGAGCUGGGGGCGACAACAGACACCGUGGUAA